UAUUUUCACAAUUGAAUAUAUGUGCAACACUAAGCGAUUUAAACUUCAUGGUAAUGAUGUGGAUAUGGUAGCGAUAUGGAUUAGCUUAUCGCGACAUUUGAAUUUAAGUUCUAUGCGAACAGUGAUGACAAAGAAUUGAAGCGACAUGACACUGUGACGUACUCUAGCUUAGUUCAAUCACUCACUUUAAGUGAUGGUAAGUGGAAUCUUCGUUAUCAAUAUCUUGCAGGUUACAGAGAUGUUUUAAGUUUGCGCACAGAUUUUCAUGCAAUCUCAAAUGGUUCAAGUAAGUGUACAUAAAUUUUUGCACAUUAUUAUGAUUCUCUACAAAUCUGCUUAUAAGUGUUACUGUGCACCAUGUAUUCAUAAUCGUUUUUAUAAAGGUAGUUCUCAAAACCAACUUUAAGCCAGUAAGCAACAUUUUAUCUUUUACAGUAUAUUUGGUUUGCUUCACACACUUUCCUAGUGUCUGUUUACAUGAUUGUAUUUCAUUUAACUACAGGCGAAAAAUGGUAUGAAAUGCAAAAAUAUACUGACAAUUUAAUGCAAAAUAACCUCAUUUAUGCAAAAGUUCAAACAAAUGUGCUAUUAGAUGGUUUGUAUUGUGUUUGACAUGUCUUGAACUAACGUAAGAAAAAUCUUGAUGUCAACUAUGCUGACUAAAUUUUCUAUUUUGACUCUGUAACCGGAUUUGUUCUUCGUAGCAGUUUAGUUGCGCUGUGCAGUUACGUCCUGAUAUCAACGGAACAUUCGAUGCCAGACCGAGUUUCACCAAAGCCUAUUAGGACGCAAUGUAUUUUCAUAGUAUUGAUGACUAAAAGGUAUCAAACAUAGAUACCCCUAAAUUCUAUUGAGCUCUUGUUCAAAAUUAAAUUCAAUCAUCUCUUAAUAGUUCCCGCCUUAUUAUUGACCCUUAUUUGAUCUCCAGAAAUCUUGCUCCAAACCAUGUAUUGAAGCUCACAGUAUUUGAACCAUGUGUCAAAUCUAACAUGGUUGACGUAUGCUAUCUCCGGAAUUUGCAUAGGUGAUCAGUUUAAGCACGUGGGUAGUUUUGCUACCCCUUAAAAUGUGAUGUGAGUGCGUGAACAUAUACUUCUUAGACUGAUCAUACUGACCAAAAUCAUGGUCAUUCAUAAGCCAGUAUAAAUGACGAGCUCAGCCCUUCCUUUACAUAUCUUUGGCUUUGUUAUUUAUUCCUCAUGAGUCUGCUACUGUAAGCAUAUUAUUGAAACCGAAAGCAGAAUAGUUGUGCAUGGGCUCGAUUCAGAUUGAGGACUCUACGUACACUGUUAAAUUAAGUCAGAUGAGAGUUCGAAAGAAGAGGUAUAAACCAUAUUUGUCUCUUUGGAGCUUUGCAUACAUUUCCACUGAGUAGAUCCGGAAUAAAAUCAAAGAUAAGUUAUACUGAAACAAUUAUAGUCUUCUUCAAAGAGCUAAGUACUUUGAUGUAGUGAUUAUAGCGGGAGAUUAUAAUUAUAAUCACUUUGGUGUAUGUAUAAUUUAUUAAAUAAACUUUACUGUUUGUUUAGAAAAUAUAUUUUAAAUAUAUUUAUGUUCUCCAAGUCGUGUUUUGAUGUUGUGACUAGUCAAGUAGUAUCCAUAAAUACUAGGCAGUAGAAGUAAUACUCAAGUUGUAUCGUUAAUAUGCUCGUUAAGGCGACUUUAAGAAUUUGACUUCAAGUACAUGGAUGACGUAUUACAAACUAAACAGGUGUGCUAUAACCUGAGCUUUCGCUGCGCAAUUCUAAAUAUCGAUGGAAUCUUAAAAAAUAUAGGUAGGCGAAAUUAAUAAAAUCAUAAACGUACUUCUCAACACUAUAGGCCCAACUAUUAGGACCGAAGGAACACUAAGUGUGGCUACGAAUAUACUUCCUUUAUGGGGAAGUCGAGACUUUUAUAUACAGAUUUCUUUCUCAGCGACCAGUGAUUGCAUUUAAAUGACUAUAAAUUAAGAAAAAGCUUUAUACUAAAGAGAUAUCAAAGUUGAGUGGAUAUUUUUCAUACUACAGUAAGAUAACAUACUAAAAUAAUUGUUAACUGAAUUUUCAAAGAUAAAACUAAAUAUUAGACCGACUGAGUAUCAUAGGUAAUUAACUAGUGAUAUAUCUCUUGAUCGCUUAUAUAUUUUUUCCCAGAAAACACAAAGAAACGAAAUUGAUUUUUCAUAAUAAUUGUAAAAACUGUACACUUCUUUAGAGAUAUUCUUUACAUAAUCAAUAGCAAACCAAUGGGAUGAUUUUUACGAGGGUGACUUCUACAGAUUAGACCGACUCAAAUACCAACCUUACAUGCUACUCUAAUAUUUCAUGAGCAUCCUACUAACUGUGGUGAAGCAAAAAUAUACUUAAUAAGUGGGAUAUUGUAUUUUUCUGAGGAUGGGUAUUCUAAGAGAUCAAAAUUAAUUAUAUGUGGGUCCUCUGUGCGCACCAAUCCAUUCGCUUUUCGUUCUCUCAAUUUCGUAAACAGCGCCCCCGCCACGAGAAGGCAGUAAGUGGGACUUCUCUGAAAGUAGUUAUAUAGUUUUCAAAUUGAGCAUGAUUAUGGGCAUAUAUUUAAGUACCUCUGUAAUGCUAGACAAUGAUAACAUUUAUUUACCAUUAUUAUUUUAUUGCAGAACUGUGGUACAUUGAUGAAUCUGUUCUCGAUGAUUAUCUACGCAAACUGCCUAAAAGUAAACUCAAUGUAUUCGAUGCUAUUCACGCACAUGAGGAUGUCAAACCUGGCUUAAUUGAAGGUGGUUUUACUCUGUGGGAUGGCAGCAAGGAUCUCGUCAAUUACAUAUCAAAAUAUUUUUCGGGAAAGAUGUGUGGAAAAAACGUCUUGGAAUUAGGUUGUGGUUGUGGACUACCAGGUAUAUUCGCUGUCAAGGCUGGUGCCCGCUUAGUCAGGUUCCAGGAUUACAAUUCCGAAGUUUUAAAAUGCUGGACCAUCCCUAAUGUCAUCAUUAAUUCAGGUUCUCAAAACGAUGCUGAUAGCCACAAUGAACACACACAGCUCGAAUUCUUCAGUGGGGACUGGCUUCAUCUUUCGAAACUUUGGCAGUCAAGCGCCAACGUGAAGUUUGACUAUAUCUUUACUAGUGAAACAAUUUACCGCACAGACCUUUAUGAAAGAUUACACAGCAUACUUGAAACGAGUCUAUGUCAAUCUGGCAUCGUUUUGUUAGCUUGCAAAGCUUCUUACGCACCUGGAGGUAACAUCUUUGACUGGUUAACUUAUGUCGAGAAUCUAGGCGUGUUUCAGACAACCGUCUUUAAAUUAACAACUUCUGGGGUAAUACGAUACAUAGUGAAAAUGGCCAGAACCUAAUUUGUUCCGAUCAUCUUGUUUUGUAUAUUCUUUGUGUUCCGGCUUGAUAAAUAAGAUAGUAGUUGAUUGUAAUUUCUAGCUUCACAAAUCGUUUGGGAAGCCUAGUGUCCCGAAAUCUAGAAUGGCAGUCAGUUAGCUACUGUAAUCCUUCCCUAGUGGGUUUCAUAUCAAACGAAGAUCACGAUAUAAACACACCAUUUUUCAUGGUUUCAUCUGUUAAUAAUCUUGCGUUUUCUAAACGUGAUAUUUCGUGUAAAUUAAAAUCUAGCCUUCACAAAUACCUCCAGAUCGCAGUUACACUACUAAUAUUCAAAUUAAACUGGCAAACCUAAAAAUAAGUACCAACUCUGUUUGUAUUACUUUCAUUAGUAUAACUUCACUUAGAUGAUUUUGGAGACAGUUAUGUCGGACCUUGUAGUGUUCAGCAUGUGACAAAUGUAAUGAGUUGUGCUUCCAAACAAAAUUAGCGAAUUGUACGUCAAACUUACCUGCUUGUUUUUGAGUCACAUUGUGGGUACAAGUUUGUCCGUAUAACAGCUAAGUUUCAACUAUAGCAAUGUUGAGUAAUAUCAAAUUUGAUAAAUCACAGCAGCAACCUGGUAUGAAUAACUUAUUAGACAAUAGGCAGAAAAUGGUAUAACUUUAAGUUAUCAACAUAGACAUUUCAUUUAAUAUUCAGAUGAUUGGUACCAAUAUUGGAGCGAUGUUUGGAAUGCGACGGAUUUCACUAUGCUCUGGUAAUCUCUAUUUUGUCUUAAGAAAUAAAUCUUGAUCCUGUGUAAAAUUCCGGAAUCCUAGUUUCCUCCAAUUUAACUUAUUUAUCAGAUGAAGUGUUUUACAUCUGAGCACAAUUGGUUGUCUGCUUGCUUAACACUGAUAAAUAGUCUGAAAUCUGUUGAAUGUUUUGUGCAAAAACCGUUAUAGCUCAAUAAGCUCAAAAUUAUUUUGAGUAAAAAUAUAAAUUAUCGUUAACUAAAGUUAUCCGUUGAUUCAGACUUCCCAUUCUAACACCUGCAAACUGUAUAUAUGUUUGUAAAUACCUUUCGGUUCGUUUACAUUCAACAGUUAUAAUCCACACAAACUUCUACCAUUUAAAUCAUACAAACCCAUGUAUAUAUCUGUUUAAAAUAUACACAAUUUCUUUUGGCAAAACUUAUUCUAAUUGAUGUUUAUUUUCUAUUAUGAUGUGGUUACGUACAAGUAGAAGUUAUUAUUACUUACAACCAGUUUAACUUUUAAUCUAGCUAAACAUAUAGAAAGAUAUUUUUCUAACGCACUUCAAUUACUCAUAUUCAUUAGAGUUGCAAAAAUAUUGACAUAAACUAACUAAUUUCCAAACAGUCUGAUCUUUUCCCACAUAUGCCUUCCGCCUGCAGCAUUUUCUAUGCAUUAAGGUUGUUUGUAUAUGUUAUGCUUGUAGCCGAGUGGAU